UCAGUCAAACUGGGGCGGGGACUUGGGAACGGAUCUUGGGCGGUGAUUGGAGGAGAUUGAGGACAGGCCCCACCCAAGAACCUGCAGUCUUGCGAAAACAUCAGGAUGUGACUCUAGGACCUGAAGGCAGUGACAGAAGAACCAGGAGUAAGACCCUGGGAUCCCCUCCCCUUUUACCUUCUCCAUCUGACCCUGGUUGUGGUGGACCAUGGCUGACGAACAGGCCGACUUUAACCUGAAGUUAGUGCUGAUCAGUUUCAAGCAAUGCCUCAGCGAGAAGGAGGAAGUCCUCAUGGACCCUUAUAUUACCGGUUGGAAAGGCCUUAUCAGGUUCCUGAACAAGCUCGGCACCAUCUUCUCCUUCAUCUCAAAGGACUUAAUGACCAAAAUCCAGAUCAUGGAGAGGUUCCGCAGCAGUGACCAGAAAGAAAACUACUCCAGCCUUCAGUGCAUGGUGCAGUAUGAGUUGGACAACAGACUGGUGGACUUCCAGAAGUGCUCUGAUCACCCUGACUCUGGCUGCCGCACCAUCCUCCGCCUGCACCGGGCCCUGCACUGGCUGCAGAUGUUCCUGGAGGGGCUCAGGACUAGCCAGGAGGACUGCAAGACCUCAGUGCUCUGCACAGACUCCUACAACAGCACUCUGGCCUCCUACCACCCCUGGAUCAUCCGGAAAGCCGUCACCAUGGCAUUCUGCACGCUGCCCAGCCGCAGCGCCUUCCUAGAGACCAUGAAUGUGGGCGCCCCCGAGGAGGCUGUGGAGAUGCUGAAUGAAGCCAUGCCCUUCAUCUGCCAGGUCUACCAGGUCACCCAAAAACUCUUUGAGGAGCAUACCCUGUUGGAGCUUCCAUAGCUGCGAGGAGGCCGGGCCCCAAGGUGACGCUCCUGCCUUAGAUACCAGAUAGAGAAGAUACAACCAGACCUGUCAUCCAGCACUUCCUGAUGUGUCAGGCCCCACUCGGAGCUCCCUUGGCUUCUUCCCUCAUCUUCCACCAAGCUUGGACUUGGUUGUCACUUACUUGGCUGGGAAUAGGUAUUCGGAAGGCAACACGGCUCUGCAGGGAGCGCCAAAGAAUCGUUGACGAUCCUUGGAUUGGAGAUCAUUGGAAACCAGAGGGCCAUGUUUACAUCUUGAGGGUACUGGUUUCAGCUCCUCCAGACCUGCCGACCAUCUAAAGUAUCAGAAAUAAUUUUAAGUAAAAUCAUGUUACCUCCGGGGAAGUCAGACAACUCUGCCCUGAACUCUACCCUCACUCUGAACAGCUCACUCUCCUAAUCAAAAGCAGAAAGAAAAAAACUUGGUAUAGUUUUUUAAAAAAUUUUUUAUUUUGAAUCACGUUGCAGUGCUCAGGCUGCAAACAUAAGAAAUACGUAUGAUUACACGUCGACCUAUUCUGAUUCCAACUCCUUUCCCCCCUACCAAAAGAAGCAUUUUCAUAUUUAAAUGGGAGUCGGGCAUAAGAGAAGAGGCUGUCUUCUAGUCAAAUCCAGGGAUCUGUCAUUUUAAUUUCUAACUACUUUGUUAACCUUGUCUCUGAAAAUGUUCUUUAGUGAAAUGUAAAAGCACAGGGUCGCCAAUUAUCUCAGGGGCAAAAUAAUUUAUUUCCUUUUCCAGCCUCUUGUAAGGAAAUCAUUUACAUGUAUCCAUCUAAUUCAGCUAGCAAAGGUUACCACCUCCUGCUCAUGGGUCUCUAGCAAGGGAAGCCACAGCCUGCAUAGGAUUUCCCCCUGGGGCUUUUAAAGAGUUUGUUUGUUUUUAAACCAAAGUUCCAGGCGUGUAUCUCUGGUGUCUCACCAAAGACAGUGUUGUCUUCUAUACCCCUGCCGGUGUUUUGCUCCUUGGGUGCCGGGGCCCUGGUUCAGCUACUGUGAGUAGUAAGACCAACUAAAAUCUGGCAGCGGUCCCGUCAGCUGAAGAGCCCAGUUCAGGGGUAUGUGGCCUUCGUCAUGCACAUGAUAUUGGAAAGUCAGGCAUGUCCCCCUGGCAUGAGACCUUGGCCAUCUCCUGAUCUCUUGACAAAAAUGCUGUGGAUUCUGCAUCUUGGCCACAGAGAGACAUUCCUGGCUGGCCCUCAGCCAGGUUAUUACUUGAAAUCCUGGUUGCGGCUGAGCAGCAGCUGAUAGCCUAGAAGCAGCAACAUUCAUGGCCAGCUCGCUCCCCUGCUUGAAGCAGCAGAUGCUGACUGGGCUCUUCUCUUUUGAGGGGUCAUCCUUAAGAAAAAUCCCUCAGCGAAAUACCUAUUCCUAUGCAGUUCUCCCCAAGAUUGCCUCAUCCCAGGGAAUCACAUUCCCCAAGAGAAGGUUUCCUCAGGAAAAUGCAUAAUGGUUACCCCUAAGCCUAUGACCCUUCUGGGACCACAACAGCCCCCCGCCCAACAGUGAGUUUCUUCUGAAAGGUGUGAAAAAUGGGUGACCUCACAUUCUUAGAGACAUUUGAAAAUGCUGCUUGAAAGGGGUAUGUGCUGCUCUAAGCAAACCCCCCGGAAAGGCCCAAGGGCCACAUUUCCCACCUUGGCUUUCACACAGGGCUUCAUUUGACUUGUGGCUUCUGUAGUGGGCCCUCAGCUUAUGCAGUAAGACUCCCAGGACUGCUGCCUAGCCUAGUGUUUGGAAUAUGGGGUAGAGUAGCUGGGGUACAGUAGCCAUCUUUCCUUCAUCUUGCAUGGCUCUCCAGUCUUUGCCCCAUCUGGCCUCCCCUGGCUGCUCUCCUUUCCUCUAUUACCUGCAAGGUUUCCAGCAGAUAACCCAGGGCAAUGGGCUUCCGUCCUCUGUCCCUGCCCUUUGGAGGGGGUAGCAGCAGCCCUGGGUGGAGAGGGAGGGGCCUUUGCGUGAGCUGUUUCCUGAGAGCUGGGGAGUUGGAGAAGGUGGUGCUAUCCCCCUGUGCCCCAAUUCCCUCCCUCUCUCCAGAAAUGGAAACAUUAGGCCUCCUGUUAUGAUGGGGCAGGGGGGGAGGGGGCAGGGGGCAGGGUUAUAAGAGGGGCUUCUCCCGCCCCUGUUGCCCAAGUGACAUCGGAUUUGAUGGUAUUUACAAAGUGGUCUGAAGCUGGUCAGAUCUUGGGAUCUGGGGGCGAGGGAGGGGAAGGACAGGACUUUAGGGGUUGCCCUGGGUAUCACUCUCCUGUGUGUUCUGUUGCUAAUGACUCCACAUUCCCUGGGAGAUGCGCUUUCUACGGAUCUGCCCCUUUCUGUGACAUGUACACAGCAGGACUGUGGAACUUCAUUCCUUGGGGGAGAAAUCAUAAUAUAUUUGAUUAUUUUUGCAUUUAAAAUAAAUCAUGCUUGGUGGAUGGUAGUGUACUGAGUGUUUGAACCUAUGGAAGAGCUGUUUGCUGUGGGCCAAUCAGGUCGGCAAGGCUCUGGGAGGCCUUCAAGACCCCGCCCCCCCCAUACCCUCAAAGACUCUCCACUAGAGGGCGGCAGAUAACAGUGGAUAGGGCAGUGAUUUCCGUCUGGGGCCCAAGGAUUCUGUCAGGGGCCCUUCAGUUGUAAAAAGUUGCCUAAUUAGGUGACCAAAAUAUUUUCUGUCUGACCACAAAUAUGUGCAUGUGCUUGAAAGCAUGAUAGGGUUUUCUGCGCCAUCAUGAGCUUCUGGGGGCAAAAGUUAUCAUUGUAGUUAUUGUAAGCACUUAAUGAAUAAAUCUAAAAGAAUAUCA